UUCAUUUCACGAACCAUCCGCAGGCUUGGAGAUCUCAAGAUAUUCGUAAAUCCGCGAUUGUAGGAACUGUCGAAGUCUGACAACUGUCAAAUGAUAAUCAUACAGGCGAGGUUACGACAUUAAAAAAAUUGAAAUGGCAGCUGAAAUUAAGCCAGCACCGGGUGUAAACAACGAAAGAUUUAGUACGACUCGGAAACCAAUUCUAUUAUCGAAAUUAGAAGGUUGUAACGACGACGUGAAUGGGGCGAUAAUCAUUCCCCGAGAAGACGGUGUUAUCAGUAUUUGCGAUGACAGGACCGUCAGAGUAUGGCUAAAACGCGAUUCAGGGCAAUAUUGGCCCAGCGUAUGCCAAUAUAUGGGCGCAGCUGCAACGGCGAUGCAUUACUGCGCAGAAACGAGACAGUUGUUUGUCGGCUUAGAAAACGGAGCUAUUAAUGACUUUAUAUUGGAAACUGACUACAACCGCAUGACUCCAAUGAGAGAGUGCCUUUCUCAUCAAGGCCGAGUUACCGGAAUUAUAUUUGCUCUGAAUUGUGAAUGGGUACUCAGUAUCGGCCGAGAUAAGCUUUUUCAAUUUCACUGCUCAGAAACCGGACAAAGGCUUGGUUCUUUUCAAACGGAUGCUUGGUUCACGGCGUUGCAAUUUGCAUCAUUGACCAAACAUGCUUUUGUCGGAGAUUAUUCGGGACAGAUAUCCAUGCUCAAAUUGGAAAGCACUGGUGCUACUCUAAUCACCACUCUAAAAGGUCAUACGGGAAGCAUUCGCACGCUCGCUUGGAAUUCUGAAAAAGAUCUUUUAUUUUCUGGGAGCUUUGACCAAAGUGUUAUUGUUUGGGAUAUCGGAGGUUGCCAAGGCACUGCAUACGAACUUCAAGGGCAUCACAAUAAGGUAACAGCUCUGUGCUAUGCAAAUGCAGAACGCUUACUUCUUUCUGGCGGUGAAGACGGAGUGAUCGUAGUUUGGGACAUGACCGCCAACCGGAAAGAAACCCCGGUUUGGGUUGAAUCUGACACGUGCCAGUCUUGCGGACGACCUUUCUUCUGGAAUAUCAAAGCCAUGAUGGAUCAAAGACAACUUGGAUUAAGGCAGCAUCAUUGCCGCCACUGUGGUCGAGCGCUUUGUGCUCGUUGCACAACUCAACGCAUACCCAUUCCUAACAUGGGUUUUGAGUUUGAAGUACGAGUCUGUGAUCCAUGCCAUACUCAACUUAAAGCUGCUAACCAAACGUCAUUGGCAUCAUUUCACGAUGCUAAACACAGCGUAGUUGGAAUGGAUUUAGACGCCCCGCGUCGCAGGCUGCUAACCAUCGGUCAAGAUCGGGUUAUUAAAAUUUGGGAUGUUAGCGCGCUCCUCCAAUAAAUUUUCUUUCGAAAUAUAUAACUCACACACAUUAUUGUAAAAAUGUUGAUUCAUUCGUUGUUCAAUUAAAAUUAACGCGCGAUAACAAUAAUAUCGCAUAUACUAUGUACACGCGAGGGUAAUACACGCGCCUUUUCAAAAUUUAGGCAUACCUCAGUCUCGAGAAUGCAGUUGUUUUUUAUCUUUGUAAAAUAUUAUUAGCUAUCAAGAAGUACUUCCAUCGCGUUUGAUAAAGUUUACUGGAUCAUAGGUAUAUUGGUAAAGUAAGAAACGGCGUCUAACAUGGAAUGUAUAAGCCCCCUGGAUCAUGAAUUCUGUUAGAACUUUCAGGGGUGUUUCUUUGGUCCAAAAUAUGAAGUUGCUUAUGUAUGGUUUCAUCUAUUGAGCCUUCCUUCACUUUACAAUAGAUCAGGUUGAUUGGUAAUUUGAUUAGGUUGAUCAGGUUAAUCGCAACCAAAUUUAUCAGAUGCUAUAAUUGACACUUCAUCGGAGGUCAAUGAAAAUUAAUAUGUAAGACAAAAAUACACGACAGGUUUCGUUUGUUACUCCAUUUCACUUAUCAAACUGGUGAUAUAAUCAAUUGUGAACAGAGUGUUGAAAGGCCUAUUAGAUGAAAGUACACAUCGCAGGGUUCGUAAUUAAGACCGAGGAAACAACCCUCGAAGUUUGUGUAGAGUUCAUGAUUCAGAGGUGAGAUACUCUCCUUGUAAGUUUUGCGCAGUUAGCUUGUUUUACCGUUCAGUCUUCAGUAAUUUAUCAAUUUUUCAUUUCUUUGU